AACUUGACAAGUGCAAGUUGUCCAUAAAUGCAUGGAAGCCACCUUUUAGUGGGGACAGACCGUGUGUCCCGCGUUAGGUGAUUUCACAUUCUGUGAUCUUCUUUCUUGGUUCUCAAAACCAGUAACAAAACCCUAUAAAUGAGAAAAAUCUUACCCUCACUUGUCAGAUAAGAUAGGAGUAUUUUGAGAGCCAGCACCGGUUCCCAAAAGUCUUUGUAAAAGCACAACGUAUACAGUGUGGGAGCACCUGGUAAUGGCAAAGAGCACGGGCUCUGAGGUCCCUCUGCCUGAGCGCCCAUCCUAGCACCGCCACUUAUUAGCUGGGUGACCUUGGGAAAACUGCUUACACUCUGUGUGCCUUCGCUUCCUCAUCGGUGAAAUGAUCACGGUAACGGUACCCACCUCAAGGUUGUUGUCUGUGUUACCUGAGUUAAUGUUUUUCGUGCCCCUGGAAACUGUGAGGCACAUGGGAAGUGCUCCAGAAAUGUCUGACAAAUAAUGAAAACGAAUGAAUAACCUCUAGGUCCCAGGUGGUGACCAGGGCCAAGAGCUUGUCUGUUGCGAGAUGGCAGCACUGACACCUUCCCGCGGAUCACGGAGUGCCCAGUUCCAGCCGGUGAGGGCUCUGCUCAAGCAUGAAUCUCUGGGAUCACGGGCCUUACCAGGCACAGUUCUCCAGGGUCCUGGGCUUGCCCCGGGAGGGCGCUGCAGAGGAGACGCAGUGGUGGCGGCCAGGCUGCCCCCAGAGCCCCAGGGCUUGCUGAAAACGGAAGACGUGGCCCUGGCUUUGUCCUGUGGCUGGGCGCAGCUGGAUUCCUCUCGGGGGAGCUUCCACGGAGAUGAAGGGCGGGAGAACCCCGGCGGCCUGACCUCCCCGGGUGGUGAAACAGAGGCCGAGAUCCGGGCCCUGCCUGUGGACGAGGUCCGGCCAGUCCAGGAGGCUGGGGGAAUACCACGCCCCCUGCGGGAAGACACUGCCCAGAUUCCUGAAGGCACCGAAGCUGGCGAACAGGAGGGCAGGUUCCCGAGAAAGCAGAAAACCGCCACAGGAAGUAGGCGGCACUACUGUCACGAAUGUGGAAAGAGUUUUGCUCAGAGUUCAGGCCUGACUAAACACAGGAGAAUCCACACCGGGGAGAAACCCUAUGAAUGUGAAGACUGUGGCAAGACCUUCAUCGGGAGCUCUGCCCUCGUCAUCCAUCAGAGAGUCCACACUGGGGAGAAACCCUAUGAGUGUGAGGAAUGUGGCAAGGUGUUCAGUCACAGCUCAAACCUCAUCAAACACCAGAGAACCCACACUGGGGAGAAGCCCUACGAGUGUGAGGAGUGUGGGAAAACCUUCAGCCAGAGUUGCAGCCUCCUUGAGCAUCACAAAAUCCACACGGGGGAGAAGCCGUACCAGUGCAACACGUGUGGCAAAGCUUUUAGGCGGAAUUCACAUCUCCUCAGACACCAGAGGAUCCACGGCGAUAAAAAUGUGCAGGAUCGUGAAUGUGCAGAGACCUGGGAGAGUCAGGGGAGGGUGGAAAGCCGGUGGGAAAACGUUGAGGCUCCCGCGUCUUACACAUGUGACGAGUGUGACAGGAGUUUCACUCGGAGUAGAAGCCUUAUCGAACAUCAGAAAAUCCACACUGGUGAGAAACCCUAUCAGUGUGACACAUGUGGGAAAGGCUUCACCCGAACUUCAUACCUUGUUCAACACCGGAGGAGCCAUGUUGGAAAGAAAGUUCUAUCACAGUGAGCCACGUCGUACAUGCCAGAGUUGUUCGUUCCUCACAGAACUGGGCUGAGGCUUUACUGACCGCUACAUGCCAUCUUGUGUUAGAAGGCCGAGUCUGGAGGGAUGCAUUGUCUUCUACAUUCUAGAAGGUGGCUGGGAAACAGCUUGUUUGAUAGGAGGCUCUGGGAGAGUUGUCUGGCAGAGGUAGGACAUGAAAUGAUUGUUCUCACCUACUGGACUGAAAUGGGCCUCCAGACUGGCUGACCACCUCCAGCCAGCACUUGAUGACGUCUCCUGGCGAGAUGGCUCUGAUGUGGGGGCUGCUGC